GGAAUGGGGCUGGAAGAUAUUUGAGGCUUUUGAAAAAUACGCUAAACACGAAACAGGAGGAUACACAUCGCUCGAUGACGUUACUACUAUACCACCCGGCAGACGAGACAAAAUGGAGACAUUUUGGUUGGCCGAGACGCUUAAAUAUCUGUACCUUUUAUUUGGUGAUACGGACGUGUUACCAUUGGAUAAAUAUGUAUUUAACACGGAAGCACAUCCUCUACCUAUAUUCAUGCCGUCUGAAGAGGUCCGAGGAGCUGGAUGGAGCAGAAGUUAA